GGAGUUUGCCCCGCUUUUCUGACACUGUUGAGGAUAGCCAGUUUCUCCUGCACACUAUCUGGAGGUGCAAGUCUUUUUUUCACCGGCUUCUCAUCUCUUUGAACGUUUUAGAAGGACAUUUGGCCAGGUCCUCCUGACACAAGUCUAUAAAAGGAACGUCAUGGUAGGUCUGGGCUGUGCCCCUCUGCUACAGACAUGGCACCCAAAAAGAACAAGAAUGCCAAAAAGAACAAAGGAGAUAUCAGUGAAGUAAGCAUAGUGGUCGAGGAUAGCCCGAUCAGAAACAUUAACGGGUUGAACACCUUGUUGGAGGGAGGAAACGGCUUCACCUGCAUCUCAAGUGAAGUCACUGACCCUGUCUAUGCUCCUAACCUCCUGGAAGGUCUUAGCACCAUGAGGCAGGACAGUUUCCUCUGUGACCUGACUGUCUCCACCAAGUCAAAAUCCUUUGAUGUCCACAAAGUUGUCAUGGCCUCCUGCAGUGAGUACAUUCAGAAUAUCCUGAAGAAGGAUUCCGCCCUCACGAAGAUUGACCUCAAUGACCUUUCACCCACAGGCCUGGCCACUGCCAUCACAUACGCCUACUCAGGGAAACUAACCCUGUCGUUGUACAGCAUUGGCAACACCAUCGCAGCAGCCAUGUUGUUGAAGAUCAACACCCUGGUGAAGAUGUGCAGCGACUUCCUCAUGCAGGAGCUCAGCGUGGAGAACUGCAUGUACGUGGCCAACAUCGCCGACACCUAUGACCUCAAAGAAACCAAAGAGGCCGCCCAGAAGUUCAUGAGGGGGAACUUUAUUGAGUUCUCUGAGAUGGAGCAGUUCCGGAAGCUCACCUACGAGCAGAUCAACGACUUCCUCAGUGAUGACUCCCUGCAAUUGCCCUCUGAGAUUACAGCCUUCCAGAUAGCAAUGAAGUGGUUGGACUUCGAUGAAAAGAGACUGAAAUACGCCCCAGAUCUUCUGACCAACAUCCGCUUCGGCACCAUCUCAGCCAUGGACCUGGUCAACCAUGUCCAGAGUGUGCCCAGAAUGAUGCAGGACCCCGAGUGCCAUCGUCUCCUGGUGGAUGCCAUGAAUUACCACCUGUUGCCUUACCAGCAGAACAUUCUGCAGUCCCGCAGAACAAAGGUGCGUGGUGGCCUCCGUGUCAUGCUGACAGUGGGUGGACGACCGGCCUUGGCGGAAAAAUCUCUCAGCAAAGAGGUUCUCUACAGGGAUGAGGACGACGUAUGGAAUAGGCUGACAGAGAUGCCAGCCAAGAGCUUCAAUCAGUGUGUGGCAGUCCUGGAUGGAUUCCUUUAUGUUGCUGGUGGUGAAGACCAGAAUGAUGCUAGGAACCAGGCUAAACAUGCUGUCAGCAACUUCUGCAGGUAUGAUCCUCGAUUCAACACAUGGAUUCAUUUGACCAACAUGAUCCAGAAGCGCACCCACUUCAGUCUCAACACCUUCAAUGGCCUCUUGUUCGCUAUUGGAGGUCGUAACUCUGAUGGGUGCCAAGCUUCAAUGGAGUGCUACGUGCCCUCCUCCAACCAAUGGCAGAUGAAAGCCCCCAUGGAGAUCCCCCGGUGCUGCCAUGCCAGCUCCGUCAUUGAUGGCAAGAUCCUUGUUAGUGGUGGUUACAUCAACAACGCGUACUCCAGGGCUGUGUGCAGCUAUAACCCUUCCACUGAUAUGUGGCAGGAUAAGAACAGUUUGAGCUCCCCUAGAGGCUGGCAUUCCACUGCUACAGUCGGAGACCGGGCUUACGUGAUUGGUGGCAGCCAGCUGGGUGGUCGUGGAGAGAGGGUGGAUGUCUUAGCUGUUGAGUGUUUCAACCCUCACAAUGGACAGUGGAGCUACUCUGCCCCGCUAAACACAGGAGUGAGCACUGCUGGUAUCGUCAGCAUGAAUAAUAAGAUCUAUCUCCUUGGAGGCUGGAAUGAGGUUGAGAAGAAGUACAAAAAAUGCAUCCAGGUGUAUAACCCUGACCUCAAUGUAUGGACUGAGGACGAUGAGUUGCCAGAGGCUACAGUUGGCAUCUCAUGCUGUGUCGUUACCAUACCAACACGGAAAACACGAGAGUCCAGGGCCAGCUCAGUUUCAUCUGCGCCAGUCAGCAUAUAGAAUCUGGCAGUUUGUUUGAAGAUGUAGUUUGCUUGCUAAUUAAAGCAAGACCAAAAAUCCUCUAGCUAGUCCAUUUCAGAAAAUCCUUUAUGCAGAAAGGGAUCAUCCCUCCUUGAGUUCACAAAAAAAAAACUGA